CUGGGGAAAGUGAUGAACAGGUCACUUGCCACCAUAUAUAACUGAUGUCAUUGUCCUGACUUGGCUUCUUGCAGGUUGAGCAUCGACUAUUGAUUCUUUUCUGCUGUGGUUCGGGGCAAGCUUCAGGAUGAACUGUCGCUCAGAGGUGUUGGAGGUAUCAGUGGAGGGGCGACAGGUGGAGGAGGCCAUGCUGGCUGUGCUGCACACGGUGCUCCUGCACCGGAGCACCGGCAAGUUCCACUACAAGAAGGAGGGCACCUAUUCUAUUGGCACUGUGGGCACCCAGGAUGUUGACUGCGACUUCAUCGACUUCACCUAUGUGCGGGUUUCUUCUGAUGAGCUGGACCGUGCCCUGCGCAAGGUUGUUGGGGAGUUCAAGGAUGCACUCCGCAACUCUGGUGGCGAUGGGUUGGGGCAGAUGUCCUUGGAGUUCUACCAGAAGAAGAAGUCUCGUUGGCCUUUCUCGGACGAGUGCAUUCCCUGGGAGGUGUGGACAGUGAAGGUGCAUGUGGUCGCACUGGCCACAGAGCAGGAGCGGCAGAUUUGCCGGGAGAAGGUGGGUGAGAAGCUGUGCGAGAAGAUUAUUAACAUCGUGGAGGUGAUGAACCGGCAUGAGUACCUACCCAAGAUGCCCACACAGUCGGAAGUGGACAAUGUAUUUGAUACAGGCCUGCGGGACGUACAGCCCUACCUCUACAAGAUCUCCUUUCAGAUCACUGAUGCGCUGGGCACCUCCGUCACCACAACCAUGCGCAGGCUCAUCAAAGACACCCUGGCCCUCUAGCUUCACUGGGUGCUGGGCAUCUGGGAUUGCACUGUAAGCCCCCCCCCCCCCCAGGGCCUGGAGACUGCUGUGGGUGCUAAAUGAGGCUCAGAAGUUUGUUGACUUCCUUGUGUUGUACUGGACUCUGUCCUCUUAGCUAACCUCUGUUGCUGAGCAGACUGGCCUAAGCUGCUCCUCCACACCAGUGGGGUCCCCGUUCUACAGAAGAGUCAUCACUGAAAUGGUGAUUAAAAGUUGAGAAGGUGACUUUGGGCUGAGCCAUCUUUCCCUUGACUUGUGUUCUCCCUUGAAACAUGAGCACUUUGUAUGUCAGAUCUGUGGGGAACUGGUGUUUUCUGAGGACAUUAUUCCAAACCAAGGGUAAUGGUUGGGAUUAAAGAUGGACGAAAAUUGA